AUGGUAGACGUCGACAUUGACCCGCACCGACCUCGUCGCGUUAUCGCGGUCGCCAUUUUUUGCCUCUGCCUCACCUGGGUCGCAGUGCCGCUGCGCAUCUACUCGAGGCUCUUCCUGACACGGGUCUUCACUCUCGAUGACAAGCUCAUAUGCCUGGUCCAGAUUACAUUCACCGCGUACCUUCUUACGGAUAUCGCAGCAGUCUUCCAUGGGUCUGGACAUGAUGCUGUAGAGUUUUCGCCAGAGGACAGAAGGAUAGCUCUUCAGCUUUUCUUCGCCGGCGAACUCCUCUAUCUGAUUACUACUCUACUACUGAAAGUCUGCGUUGGUCUACUGUUGCUCAGCAUUGCCAUUGUACCUUUACACAUUUGGACACUUCGAAUACUCCUCUGUUCGACAUUCGUGUUCGGGUCACUGUACUUCAUCCUGGUCAUCUUCCAGUGCAGACCGCUUCACGUAUUCUGGGACGUGGGCCCUCGGACACCAGGCAGCUGCUUCUCAGAUAGCGUCGUGCUUGGCUGCACAUACACCCUCGCGAUUCUGAACUGUCUCGCGGACUGGACCUUUGGCGUUCUGCCGUUGUUGAUUGUCUGGUCCCUGCAGAUGCGCCUGAAGACGAAGCUACUAGUCAUUCUGCUGCUAGGCUUCGCAUCCAUAGCGAGCAUUGCGACAAUAGUGCGCGCAGUAGCUGUUCCAGCACUGCUCAACCAGGAAAACUUUCUUCCAUAUCUCGCCAUCUGGAGCAACAUCGAGCCCGGAAUUGGCAUAGCUGCAGCUUGUGCACCGGCUCUAUCCCCGCUGGUUCGACACAUUCUCGGGAAAAGGCAACGGCGGGGAUACGAAAGGGGCAUCUGGCGAACAAGGGACCUUCCAACAAUCACAAACGAUUCGAUGGCGCUAUCGGACAGAACAGAGAGGAGGCAAAACGGGUUUCGAAGCGGGGGCACAUCUAAAAACGACGUACUACGCCUGCGGUUCGACGACUUUUCAUACGAAUCCCGGAUCUCCUCCGACCCACAAGCGAAUCAGAUGCGGCCGGUGCCGCCGCCAAGGAGUCGGGCGUCGUGGGCCUUUCCGUUACGGCGCGGGUCAGGGGCCAGCGGCGGCGGGUUCGAUUGUCUCACUGCUGAUACUACGCUCACCACAUCGACGAUAUCGUCAGACGGGGCAGCGGCCGAGCCGCCGUCCUCGGGGAUCAUGAAGACGAUGGAGUUUCAGCUGUCGUAUGAGGCGAGAACGUGGACGACGUCGAGGCGGGGGAGGAUGAUUCCGCGGGAUGAGAGCAUGACGCUGCGGCCUUCGACGAUUGCGGAGAUGAGGAGGGUGACAAGUGGAGAGGUGCCGCUUCUUCAUGACGGGAUGUCUCCGACUUCAAGAGAUUAUGAUGUUGAAGCUGGGUUUACGCGGAGAUCGUAUAAUAAUCGGCACUCAUCUCCGCCUGGGUCACCGUGGGAGUGGAUGGGGAACCGACAGGCCAGGCCUCUUUCUAUGAAUGGGGGCAAGUUCGGAGCUGAGCCCACUCAUACGACAACGGCGGAAAAGCGGCUAUCGACAAAAUCAUAG